AUGACGCUCAAAGGCUCCCAAUUUUUCCUCAAUUUUGAGCCUCAGAGGGAUGCCUAUGGAUUUACUGUGACAUCAAAGCACCUCCAUAGAUUUCAAGCAUAUGCUGAUAUUUAUAAGGAAGAAGAAGAAGAGAGAUUACAGAAAUGGAAGGGCUUUCUUGAACAAGCAAAGUCUACUCGAUGGCAUCUUUCCAAUAAGGAGAUCAAGUCUGUGGUUUCUCAGGUUACAAAUCAACAAAGUGAAACAGAUCACAAGGCAAGUGGAAGGAAUGAUUCAAGUGAAACAAAAUCAGUGAGUUCUAAACUUACGAAGCAGCAAACUGAGCCUACUCAGGAGUUGUGCGUAGAAGGCUACGAUUCAGGUGAACAAAAACCUGUAAGUUCUGAAGUUACAAAGCAGAAAUCUAUUCAGGAGGUGAGUGGUAAAGGGGACGAUUCAAGAAUACAGAAACCUGUUUCUGACACUAGGACAGAAAGCAAUCCAAUUAAAGAGACCCCAGUUACCCUACAAAUAAAGUCUCGUGAGGUGAAGACAUGGGCUGAAAUUAAUCCAUCUCUAGAUGUCAUUGAUCAUAUGAUGAGUUUUCGUGUAAAGAGAAGAAACAUGGGCAGUGAAAAUAUAAUCUCUACCCACAAUCAGCUUCCAUCAAUAGAUGAAGCAAGAUUAUCAAAAGUAGAAUCUGAAGAGGAUGGAGAGGAGAAAUUUUACGACAAUGAAAUAGCUGAUGACAGUGUAGAUGCUUCUGCUGAAGGAAGUAGUGCCAGCGAUGAAAUUUACCCAGAACCAGUAUUCCCUUGGAAGGAAGAAUUAGAGUUUCUCGUUCGUGGAGGAGUACCAGGGGACCUUAGAGGAGAUGUCUGGCAAGCCUUCGUUGGUGUUAGAACACGCCGGGUGGAGAGAUAUUACCAGGAUUUGUUGGCUGUAGAAUUUGAUGCUAGCGAUGGUCAAGAGCAUGAGGAAUUAUUGUCGGGUGAUGAUAGCAAGCAACGGAGCCGGAAGGGUGUUGAUUUGUCAGAAAAAUGGAAAAAGCAAAUUGAGAAGGAUCUUCACCGAACAUUUCCAGGACAUCCUGCACUGAAUGAAAAUGGUCGAAAUUCACUAAGGCGUGUACUUCUGGCAUAUGCGCGACACAACCCAUCUGUUGGGUAUUGCCAGGGAAUGAAUUUCUUUGCUGGCUUAUUACUUCUCAUGAUGUCAGAAGAAAAUGCCUUUUGGACUUUGGUGGGUAUUAUUGAUGACUAUUUUGAUGGUUACUUUUCGCUGGAAAUGAUAGAAUCCCAAGUUGACCAGCUUGUUUUUGAGGAGUUGAUGCAUGAAACAUUUCCUAAACUUGUCAAUCAUCUCGAUUAUUUGGGAGUGCAGGUGACAUUGAUAAUUGGACCCUGGUUCCUCUCAAUCUUUGUAAAUAUUCUUCCAUGGGAAAGUGUUCUUCGAGUUUGGGAUGUGAUAUUGUUUGAAGGGAAUCGCGUCAUGCUAUUUCGAACUGCUCUUGCUUUGAUGGAUUUAUAUGGUCCUGCUGUAGUUACUACUAAGGAUGCUGGAGAUGCUAUCACUUUGUUACAAUCACUCACUGGGUCCACAUUUGAUAGCAGCCAACUUGUGUUGACUGCUUGCAUGGGGUUCUUGACCAUUACUGAAGAUAGACUGCAAGGACUGAGAGAGAAGCAUCGACCAUCUGUACUUGCAACAAUUGAGGAAAGAGCAAAAGGGGGUCAAGUUUUUAAAGAUCCUAAAGGUCUUGCAAAUAAGUUGUAUAGCUUCAAGCAUGCUUCUGAAUCAUUGAUAAAAGAAAGAAUGAUGGAAGCAGGAUCAGACAACGAGCUAAUGGCUGGUAAAGUAUCAGAUGCAGAAUCUUAUUCUACAAACAUGGAUGAAUUUCUUAACAGCAAAACCAUUGAUACUGAAGUAGAUUCUCUUCCAGACCUUCAAGAUCAAGUGGGUUGGUUGAAGGUCGAGCUGUGUAGUUUGCUGGAGGAGAAGAGAUCUGCUAUGCUCAGGGCAGAAGAAUUGGAGGCUGCCCUUAUGGAGAUGGUCAAGCAAGAUAAUAGAAGGGAAUUGAGUGCAAGGGUUGAGCAAUUGGAGCUAGAGGUUUCUGAACUACGGCAAACCCUGGCUGAUAAGAAAGAACAGGAGAAUGCUAUGCUUCAGGUUCUGCUGCGGGUUGAGCAAGAACAGAAGGUCACUGAAGAUGCUCGACUGUUUGCAGAACAAGAUGCAGCUGCUCAGAGUUAUGCAGUAAAUGUUAUUAAGGAGAAGUAUGAAAAAGUUGUGACUUCACUUGCUCAAAUGGAAAAGAGGGCUGUUAUGGCUGAGUCAAUGCUAGAAGCUACACUGCAAUAUGAAACGGGGCAAAUUAAAGCCUUGUCAUCCCCAAGGCCUGGAGUUGGAAAUGUAGAGUCUCCACAGAAUAUGCCAACAAGAACUGGCCUACUCUCAUUUGGCCUUGGUUGGCGUGACAGGAACAAGGGGAAUACAAGUAAUGCUGUGGCUUCUGGUGAAAGCAAAACUGUGAAUGAGGGAUCAGAUGCAAGCCGUGCACAAAGUCAUACUAACGGCCAUCAAGAAUAG